GUUGACAGCUCUCUCUUUCAGCAGCUGCAGAGUGUCCAACACUGCCCAGCGUGCCCGCCGCGUGAGUGCCUUUGGCUUUGUAUCUGCAAGAGGAAGGAAAGUGGGACGGAGGGAUGAAAACUGAGUGUGCCUCUGAAGUGUUGACUCAUGGGACUGAGAGCUGCUGCUCAAACCCCUGGCAGGGCCCUGGAGAAGCGAAAGGGGCUGAGGGAGGGUGCAUGGAAGAGGAUGGCGAGCCCUCGAGGUCCGCUGAACUCCCAAACUGAGACUUUUGUUUCCACUCCUGUUAGCCGGAGCCUCACCAUUGAUGAUUUUGACAUCGGGCGUCCACUGGGCAAGGGAAAAUUUGGGAAUGUGUACCUGGCUCGGCUCAAGGAAAGCCACUUCAUUGUGGCUCUGAAAGUCCUCUUCAAGUCCCAGCUCGAGAAGGAGGGAAUGGAACACCAGCUGCGCAGAGAAAUCGAAAUUCAGGCACAUCUACAACACCCCAAUAUCCUACGCCUAUACAACUACUUCCAUGAUGCACGUCGUGUGUACCUGAUUCUGGAAUACGCUCCAAGGGGUGAGCUCUACAAGGAACUUCAAAAGAGCCACACUUUAGAUGAGCACCGUACAGCCACGAUAAUGGAGGAGUUGGCAGAUGCCCUGACCUACUGCCACGAGAAUAAGGUGAUUCACAGGGAUAUUAAGCCAGAGAACCUGCUGCUGGGGUUCAGGGGUGAAGUGAAGAUUGCAGACUUUGGGUGGUCUGUGCACACCCCCUCACUGAGGAGAAAGACAGUGUGCGGGACUCUGGACUACUUGCCCCCAGAAAUGAUUGAGCAGAAAACAUACAGUGAGAAGGUGGAUCUGUGGUGCAUUGGGGUGCUCUGCUAUGAGUUACUGGUGGGAAAUCCACCUUUUGAGAGCACCUCCUAUUCUGAGACCUACAGACGCAUCCUCAAGGUUGACUUCAGGAUUCCUUCAUCAAUACCUUUGGGAGCCCAAGACUUGAUCAGCAAGCUUCUCAGAUACCAGCCUUCAGAGCGGCUGCCAUUGGCCCAGAUCCUGCAGCACCCCUGGGUGCGGGCCCACUCUCAGAGGGUGAUGCCUCCAUCUGCUCAGAUGGCUUCCUGA